AUGAUUCUUCUUUUAUUUUUAUCCGCCAUGAUUCUUCCUAUUUUUAAUGCUGAUAUUGCAAAAAAUACAAUUCAGAGUGAGUUUAAAAAUCAAUUUGAUUAUUAAAAACAAAACUCAUUUUCAGAUGCUGUUUUUCAGUCAGAACCUCUGACGCCAGGAAUGACAGAUUUAUUAGGAGGGGGAGAAUCUGAAGAAUUACCAGUUACGUUGCGAAGUCAUCCAAUGGAUGUUUUGACAGACGAUACAAAUUUGUAUGCACAUCCAAAAAUUCAGCAAUAUCCGAGAAUUCAGGUGAGAUAUUUUUCAAUUUCUGUGACAUAAUUUCGAUGGAUCUCAAUAAUACCAGAAUUAUUCCAAAGUGUUUUAAAAAUUUAAGUAUUUGAAGUUGAAAUGUUAUUUUUUGAAAACAUCCCUAUUUUCCAGCAGCACAGUUAUAAUAACUACGGUAACAACAACAACAAUAAUAACUACGGUAACUAUCGUCCAUCACCACCACUUGGUUAUUCAUAUGUUGGAUAUAUUAAUCGACAAGCUAGAAGAUAUCCAGUUAUGAUGUAUACAUUAGUUCAAUGUGUUCCAUGUCAACGAGCAAAACAUUUAUUAGCUGUUAAUUAUGGAGAUAUUCCUUCACACUUUUUAGGUGAGCAUUUUUGAAUGUUCCUCAAAAAAAUGUGAUAUUUGAAAUAGCACAACAGGUUUUUUAAAACUGUAAAAGGCACAAGUCGUUUAUAAUAAUUAUGACGUGGCAAACUUACAGUACUUUCAUUAAUUUCAGAGAUAAUAUUUUCGAAAUUCGAAUUUAGAUUUCACAGAAUUCACUAGGAUCCUUCUGAAAAACACAAUGAAUUCAGAAUUAAAAAUCAAAAAAUCAGAAAAAAAAGAGUGUACGUUAGCUAUUUUAUUACGUCAAAACAAAUAUUAUGGAACAUGAAUCUUUGCUCAUGAUUUCAUACUUUUUUUGUGUUUCUUACAAAAAACCAGAGAAAGUAUGUGUUCGAUUUCCCUGCCACAGCUCACUUUCAAAGAAAUGUCGCCGACUCACCCAAUAAAUAGUUUAUAUUCUCUAACUUCUGCAGUUUGACUAACAUCCAACGGAAAACACCGCUCCAAAAUUUCCAGGGUGCACAGUGUGUACUGCACAUGGUGUAAUUUACUAUCUCAAAUCGCUAGACUUCAAAAUUUUCAAUAGUGUUUGGGGUAGAUCAAAAAUAAUUUUUCACUAAAACUCUCAUUUUUGCGUUGAUUUCGUGGAUUUUUUGUAGAAGUCUACAUAUAACACUUCGUUUCAACCAUGUGUUGGGACGAACAAAUAGAGAAUACGCGACGCAGACACAAAAAACCCCGAAAAUUUUUAAAAAUGAGAAUUCUUGGACCAUCGCUGCAGGACCCAACAGUUGGCUGGUUGCCAGCCUUAUUAAAUUUCGCGGUAUUUUCAGUUUCGCGGGUUUUUCUUUCGCACUCUACACACACUCUCUCUCUCUGUCUCUAUUUGUUCGCCCUAAAACGAAGUGAUAAAGUUUCUAAAUUUUCAGAACUUGUUGGCGAUGAAGAUUGGCAACGUCAACUUCAAGUCGAUCUUCUGAAGGUCACCCGACAAGCUACAUUUCCCUAUGUUUUUGUCUGCGGUCAAUUCAUCGGUGGUUCCAGCGACCUUUUCAAUUUACAUCACAACGGGCAACUUCGACAAAUUUUAAAUAAUUGUAAUUCUCGAGGUUGA